CCCAGCCCGGCCAGGCUCCACACGCAGCAGCCACCAUGGAGGUGAUGAACCUGAUCGAACAACCCAUCAAGGUGACUGAGUGGCAACAGACAUACACCUAUGACUCUGGCAUCCACUCGGGGGCCAACACCUGUGUGCCCUCGGUCAGUAGCAAGGGCAUCAUGGAGGAGGAUGAGGCCUGCGGGCGCCAGUACACGCUCAAGAAGACCACCACCUACACUCAGGUGCCCCAGAGCCAAGUGAACUUACAGUAUAACGAGGAGGCAUCACUGUUGCCCUCAGGGGACCCCUGCACUAUAGGCGAAGAUGGUCCUUUUGUUCCAGGAGCCUCAAGUUUGAUGCAGAGACAGGACUCCUGCUCCCCCGUGGAGUCGGUCCUGUUCUACGCCAUCACCACGCUGCACAACCUGCUGCUCUACCAGGAGGGCGCCAAGAUGGCGGUGCGCCUGGCAGACGGGCUGCAGAAGAUGGUGCCCCUGCUUAACAAGAACAACCCCAAGUUCCUGGCCAUCACCACCGACUGCCUGCAGCUCCUGGCCUACGGCAACCAGGAGAGCAAGCUCAUCAUCCUAGCCAACGGAGGACCCCAGGCCCUCGUGCAGAUCAUGCGCAACUACAGUUAUGAGAAGCUGCUCUGGACUACCAGCCGCGUGCUCAAGGUGCUGUCUGUGUGUCCCAGCAAUAAGCCCGCCAUUGUGGAGGCUGGUGGGAUGCAGGCCCUGGGCAAACACCUGACAAGCAACAGCCCCCGCCUCGUACAGAACUGCCUCUGGACCCUGCGUAAUCUCUCGGACGUGGCCACCAAACAGGAGGGCCUGGAGAGCGUGCUGAAGAUACUGGUGAACCAGCUGAGCGUGGAUGACGUCAAUGUCCUCACCUGCGCCACGGGCACGCUGUCCAACCUGACGUGCAACAACAGCAAGAACAAGACGCUGGUGACCCAGAACAGCGGCGUGGAGGCUCUCAUCCACGCCAUCCUGCGUGCCGGCGACAAGGACGACAUCACGGAGCCUGCGGUCUGCGCCCUGCGCCACCUCACCAGCCGUCACCCGGAGGCCGAGAUGGCCCAGAACUCCGUGCGCCUCAACUACGGCAUCCCGGCCAUCGUCAAGCUGCUCAACCAGCCCAACCAGUGGCCGCUGGUCAAGGCAACCAUCGGCCUGAUCAGGAAUCUGGCCCUGUGUCCAGCCAACCAUGCCCCUCUGCAGGAGGCGGCGGUCAUUCCCCGCCUCGUGCAGUUGCUGGUCAAGGCUCACCAGGAUGCCCAGCGCCACGUGGCUGCAGGCACACAGCAGCCGUACACGGACGGCGUGAGGAUGGAGGAGAUUGUGGAGGGCUGUGCCGGAGCCCUGCACAUCCUCGCCCGGGACCCCAUGAACCGCAUGGAGAUCUUCCGACUGAACACCAUCCCCCUGUUUGUGCAGCUCCUGUACUCAUCAGUGGAGAACAUCCAGCGUGUAGCCGCCGGGGUGCUGUGUGAGCUGGCCCAGGACAAGGAGGCAGCUGAUGCCAUUGAUGCCGAGGGGGCCUCGUCCCCACUCAUGGAGCUACUGCACUCUCGCAACGAGGGCACAGCCACCUAUGCUGCCGCUGUCCUGUUCCGCAUCUCUGAGGACAAGAACCCAGAUUAUCGUAAGCGUGUGUCUGUGGAGCUCACCAACUCCCUCUUCAAGCAUGACCCAGCUGCCUGGGAGGCCGCCCAGAGCAUGAUCCCCAUCAAUGAACCCUACGCAGAUGACAUGGAUGCCACCUACCGCCCCAUGUACUCGAGUGAUGUGCCCCUGGACCCUCUGGACAUGCACAUGGACAUGGACGGAGACUAUCCCAUCGACACCUACAGCGACGGCCUGAGGCCCCCCUACCCUGCGGCGGACCACAUGCUGGCCUAG